ACCAAUUUGAAAUUCUUAUAGGCCUCGUACUGAUAACCCAUAUAUUAUUAUUAAAUAUAACAAAAUGGCGCCAUUUGUUUUCUUUGAAAAAAAAUUAUACUGAUUUUAAACACUUCCCGGCCUAACAACAGUCGGCGAACAUGGACAAAGCUGAAAUCUUAGAGCUUUUCGAACUCCCUUACUCGGAUCUCCUACUCCUAUCCUCAGAUUGUGUUCAAUCAUCGUCUUCGUCUCCGGCGGAGCUUCAGAGACUAGAUUUAGUGAAACGACACAUAAUGGAAACCCUAGGGCCCAUGGGCCCAGGCCUGUUAUCAGUUUCCGGCGUUCCCAAUUCCUCGGUUCUCCGCCGGGACCUUCCACUCGCUCGUAAUCUCGCUCUUCUCGAUUCAGACCGUCGCAUUCGCAUUCUCAAGGAGAACCAAUUGGGGAGUGACGUCCCGUUGAAGAAUCCGGGGAGAAAUGUGUCAUCUUUUGCGAUGCAAUUGAGGUACGGCGAGCAGAAUUCGAGUUCGAGAGGAGAUUUAGUGUUUAGUGAUAGGGCAAAGGAGUUUGAGAACCUGGGAGGUAAUUUGAAGGAGCUAGGGUUUUGCAUGAUGGAGCUCGGGCUCCGACUCGCUCGAGUCUGCGAUUCCGCCAUUGGAGGCCGAGAAUUGGAGCAGAGUUUAUUGGAGUCGCGUGCGUCCAAAGGACGUCUUAUCCACUAUCAUUCGAAGCUAGAUGCGCGGCUUCUUCUGAAACUAAAUGCAAAGAAAAAGGGUGAGAAUUCGAAACGAGAACAGAAGAAGAUAGAGCAAGCCCAUGUCGAGCAGGAAGCUUCAAAGGCAUGCUCUGGUUCAGAUUUAUGGCAGCAAUGGCACUAUGAUUAUGGGAUAUUUACUAUUCUGACGGCACCACUUUUUCUCUUGCAAGCAAUUGAAGAAGAAGAUCAAUUCAUGGAGUAUCGUUAUAAAGAAUGUGGUUACCCCAACGGCCAUACAUGCUUGCAAAUACAUGAUCCCAACAAGAAAGGCAUUUUCAUGGCGAAUUCCUCUCCUGAAAGUUUUAUCAUUCAGGUUGGGGAAUCAGCUGAGGUACUUUCAAAAGGCAAGCUUCGGGCGGCUCUUCAUUCUGUUUCAAGACCUGGGAAGUUGGAAAAUUUGAGCAGAGAAACCUUUGUGGUGUUCCUGCAGCCAGCAUGGGAAAAAGUUCUGUGCAUUUCGGGUGACCCUAUGAAGUGCUUGGGUUUAGAGGACCAAUGUCUGAACCCGUUGUCUUCCGAGGAAGAAGAAGGCAUCGGUGAGAGAAUUGAAGAAAUCGAGAAGGUAGUACCACCAUUAUCGUCUCGGUUAAAGAACGGUAUGACUUUUGCUGAGUUUUCCCGUGAAACCACCAGGCAGUAUUAUGGUGGCAGUGGUUUGCAAUCUAAUAGAUAAAACAGACUUUUGUGCUAUGAAAAUUGCUAUUACAAGGGAAAAUAAUGGAAAAAUCUUCAUUAGAUUGAU